AUGGAACCCAAGAGCGACGAUCCUGCUGAUUUAAUCGACGAUGCGGACAUUGAUGGAUGCAACGAGAGUGAUUCUUCUACCGUUACAAGUCUAGACGAUGAGUCAGUAGUUGAUGUCUCCGGCCAAAGUCUGGAGCUUUCUCUUCUUCCGGGCAACGCAGACGAUUCGGUGGAAGGUCUCUACUUUUUCCGAAACGCCUUCAAUCUGAUUCCCAGAUCGAUCGGAGGGCUUGGGAGGUUGAAGAAGCUCAAGUUUUUCAGUAACGAGAUCGAUCUGUUCCCUCCCGAGCUAGGGAAUCUGGUGGAUUUGGAGUACCUUCAGGUCAAGAUAUCGUCGCCGGGCUUCGGCGACGGCUUGGCCUGGGAUAAGCUUAAGGGUUUGAAGGAGCUUGAGCUCACUAAAGUCCCCAAACGCUCUUCUUCUGCUUUGACCCUCUUGAGUGAGAUCUCUGGUCUCAGGUCCUUGACUAGGCUCUCUGUUUCUCACUUCUCCAUUAGGUAUCUUCCAGCGGAGAUUGGGUGUCUUAAAAGUCUGGAGUAUCUAGAUCUCUCUUUUAACAAGAUCAAGAGUUUGCCUGACGAGAUAAGUUAUCUGACUUCAUUGAUGUUCUUGAAGGUUGCUCACAACAGGCUGAUUGAGCUACCAUCGGUUUUAGCUUUACUACAAAACUUGGAAAGCCUGGACGUAUCAAACAACCGGUUAAGAACUCUGGAUCCUCUCGAUCUAAGCGUAAUGCCUAGUCUUCAGAUUUUAAAUUUACAGUACAAUAGGCUCCCGAGUAAUUGCUGUAUACCUGCAUGGAUGGAAUGUAAUUUGGGAGGGAACUAUGAAGAGAUGGGAGUUUAUACUUACAGCUCUAUAGUUGAAAUGGAUAUGUAUGAAGACAACACCAUACCUGUUACUCAUAAAGGUGAGAGUUUAAUAUUCAUUUCCUUUGUGUAUGUGGGGGUUCCUUCCAAUGGUAGAUGCGUCUCAGCUCGAAAAUCAGUUAUGAGGUGGAAGCGGAAACAUCAUUACGUCCAAAAGGACCGCUUGAACACCAACAAGAAAUGGAAAGGUGAAGUCCCACCUGAGGGAUUAAAUCUGAAGAAGAUGUACAAAGUCAGAGAAACUAGAAAACAGGAGAUGAGUGUUUCCGAGAACAGUGACAAAGGUUCAGUUGAUAUCAUCUGCUUGGAUGACAAUGAUAAACUGUUAGACGACGCCGAAAUAGAAGAUUCUGUCACUACCUCUCAAGAUGAAGAGAGCAGUUUGAAAGCUGAUUUGGUUUCUGAAAAUUCCCAAUGUGUGGAAAACCAAUCAACGAGCGAAAAAGAUAGAAAGGAGUGUUGUGAGAUUAAGGCAUCUUCUCCCUCUCCAGGAGAUGCAGACUAUAGUUCUUCUUCAGAGAGAAAGAAACCAAAUCACAGUUCGAAGAGAUGCUCUGACAAGUACCUGGAUAACCCAAAAGGUUCUAAAUGCCAUAAACCAUCUUCAGACAUUGCUAAUGUGUCUCACAAAUACAGCAGCAAUUCGUUUUGCAGCACAGAAGAUUUUCUUCCUGACGGAUUUUUCGAUGCUGGACGAGAUAGGCCCUUUAUGCCUCUUAGUAAGUAUGAGGAAGUCUUGCCUCUUGAUUCACGUGAAGUCAUACUCCUGGACAGGGCAAAGGAUGAAGUUUUGGAUGCAAUAACUCUCUCUGCUCGAGCCUUGGUAGCUAGAAUGAAGAUAUUGAACUGUCCACCUGCAGAUGUAGAUCAAGUCUCCGUUAACAACUUGCAGGUCGCAUCAUAUCUUGCUCUUUUUGUGUCCAAUCAUUUUGGGGGAAGCGACAGAACUGCUAUUGUUGAAAGAACCCGGAAGGUUGCACUGUCUGGUACAAACUACCAGAAACCUUUUGUUUGCACCUGUGUGACUGGGAAUCAAGACGAUUUGGCUGCUCUCAACAAACAAGUUUCUGCAACGACGGUCCAAGAUGUCAAUUUCUCUGAUGUAUGUGAAAAAUCCUUGCGUUCUAUUAAGUCCAAGCGAAACUCUAUAGUGGUUCCUCUAGGAAAACUACAGUUUGGCAUAUGUAGACACAGGGCCUUGCUCAUGAAGUUCCUUUGUGAUCGUAUGGAACCUCUGGUGCCUUGUGAGCUUGUUAGAGGUUAUCUAGACUUCACGCCUCAUGCCUGGAACAUUGUUCCUGUAAAGCGAGGUGACUCAUGGGUUCGGAUGGUGAUCGAUGCUUGCCGUCCUCAUGACAUUAGGGAAGACACAGAUCAAGAAUAUUUAUGCCGGUACAUUCCUCUUAAUCGGCUUAACGAAUCCAUUUGCAAAAGAGCAAAACUGGAACCAGGAUGCUCUUUUCCUUCCCUGUCAACAAGCGAAGGAGAAGAAAGAGCUAAUAGUAGUCUUAUACGAUGCAAGCUAGGCUCCACCGAAGCAGCUGCAAAGAUGCGUACAUUAGAGGUUUCUGGAGCUUCUUUAGAUGACAUUAGGACUUUUGAGUAUACUUGCUUAGGGGAAGUGCGGAUUUUAGGAGCACUGAAACAUGAUUGUAUCGUGGAGUUAUAUGGACAUGAAUUAUCUUCCAAGUGGAUAACCUCGGAAGAUGGAAACGAACCUAGACGCAUAUUGCAAUAUGCUAUUCUGAUGGAACACAUAGGAGGAGGAUCUCUAAAGGGUCACAUUGAGAAGCUUUCUGAAGCUGGUAAGCAUCAUGUACCAAUGGAUCUAGCCUUGUCUAUUGCAAGAGAUAUCUCAGGGGCUUUGAUGGAGCUGCAUUCGAAGGAUAUAAUCCACCGUGACGUAAAAAGCGAAAACGUUUUGAUCGACCUGGACAUCCAAAAAGCAAACGGAGAAGAACCUGUUGUGAAGCUUUGUGAUUUUGACAGAGCUGUCCCGCUUAGGUCUCACUUGCACGGUUGCUGCAUUGCUCAUGUGGGAAUACAUCCUCCUAACAUAUGCGUUGGUACGCCGCGUUGGAUGGCUCCUGAGGUCUACCGAGCAAUGCACGAACAAAACUUUUACGGACUUGAAGUGGAUAUCUGGUCAUUCGGGUGCCUAAUCUUCGAGCUGUUGACACUACAUAUCCCAUAUUUUGAUUUAUCCGAGCUUCAGAUUCAAGAAUCUCUACAGAAGGGCAAAAGGCCAAAACUACCAGAAGAGUUGGAGACGCUGGCUUCUGAAACUGAGGAAGAAGAAUCAGCCACUAAACUACGUGAAGAGUAUGACUUACCCGAAUCUGACUUGGACACAAUGAGAUUUCUUAUCGACGUGUUUCACUGCUACACGAUGGAGUCUCCUUCAGAACGUCUAAGCGCUGAAGACCUUCAUAAAAUGAUUCUUUCAUGGUCAAAGAGCAAAUCCCCUACAGGUACUUCCACCUCUUCUCAAAGCUCAAGCCUUUGA